AUGGCACCCGACGCCCCCAGGGUAGCACGACGUGCACAGCAUUGCGCCGUUCAGACACCCUGGUAUGACCAGGGCUCAGCUGGCGGCGAGCGCGUGGGCGUCACGGAGACGGACAACACUGCUGGCUGCAGCGGGGAGUACCACGGGCCUGCUCCUCUGCACCACACAGUAGAGGAUUACCUUUGGCAGCAGGCAGCAGCAAAUAUCCAGGGUGCAGCCCUACUGCAACAGCUGCAGGCGCAGCAGCGGCAGCUGUGCCAUCUUGGUCUGCCAGGCUCCCAGUCACCAGCCCACAACCUUGCAGCAACGCCUGAUGGGUCUGAUGCUACAAGCAACAAUCCAGCGACAAUCGGCGACGAGCCUGAUGGGGGUGCAGUGAAGGACGAGCCUGAUGGGGGUGGCGACGAGCCUGAUGGGGGUGCAGUGAAGGAGGGUUCGCUACAAAGCAAGGACACGGAACAGGGGAACAUGGGGCUGAGAAGCGAUGCAGCAGAGCACGGUGACCUUGUUACAUCUCGGGAAAUGGACAAUGAGCGGGAACCCAAAAAGCGCAAACCUGGCCCCAAAGUGGGAAUAGUAUACCAAUACUUCAAAGGAGUAGGGAGGUAUGACGAGACUUCCUGGCGCCAAGCUCUUGAUGCUUGGGAGACAGGCGACGACACCCAGUCGACGCCAUCAGUGUCGGCAGGCAGUGCGGCUGCCAGCAGCAAAGGUGGAACAGCUGCAGAUUCGCGUCUGUUGCGGCAGAGCGGGAACGGGGGCAGCAAGACGCAGACGUCCAUACAGCGGUUUGCCGACGCGGUAGAGACCCUGCUGAGGGAGCACUUCCCUUGGUACAACUGGACGAAGAACCCACUCGAGUUCGCCCCGGGGAGCAGGCCUUGGGGGACUAAGGGGGUUAUCUAUUUCGUGAUUAGGGAGGCUGAGUUUCCGUUUAAUUCUUUUUAG